UCUCAAUUAUGGUAAUAACUUCUUGUAUAUACAACUUGCAUCCUUGACAAAGUUAUAUUAUAUUCUACUCAAUCCAUAGGCUUCAUUAAUGUCAUUCAGACUGUUUUGAAGUUGAUACAACUGGCUACGAUAGCUGAGGUUCAUAGCUAGGUUCUGAACUAAUAUGUAUACCAAACGUCUGGGUCUAUACACAGAUCGGCUAGAUAGCUAGCUACACAUCCAUAGACAUACAGGUAUUUGUUCCAUCACUGCACACUAAGCAAGAAUAUAGCUAGCUAGCUACGUUGUUAAAUCUAUCUGCAUUGCAUGCUUACAAAAUUGUAUACAUCCACUGUUUCACAAGACGACAGAUAAAGCCCCCCUAAAAUAGGCCUAGCGACGUCCCUGGUCAACACAAUGUGGAAAAGUCCCUCUGGCAUCACAGUAAUAUGAUAAACAUCACAGAAAAACGUUACAUGACAUCAGAACAUCUUCAUCAUCUUCAUAAUAUAAUAAUAAUAAUAAUCAUCUCAAAUACAAAAAUGUAUCACUUUACAUGUUUAAAAAAGAUUGUUGUUACCUUUUCAAAAAUAAUUCUUAGAGGUAUGGUAAGUAAAUGGAUAUGGAAUACUGACCAGUAGCGCACAUUGUGAAUAUUUACCCACGAAUUGCACCAUUCGUUAUUGGGCUUUGUAGUACAGAAUCUGGAGACAUUUACAAUGUAAAACAUCGGUGUGUUCCCUAUUUACUUGCAAGUGGUAACGACUCUUUCAGAGAAAUUCCACCCAUGCAAACAAUAAUGUUUGCCGUACAUGUUGUUUCUCUCUGCUGUUGUUUUUGUGUCCUAGGCUCUUUAGAGGCUGUUUGUGGUCUCUGGGGUAUACAAUUAUUUAAAAAGGGUUGGUGGCGACUGCGCACAGAUACAGUUUCACACCAUGAAGUGCUCCACAUCUUUGCCAAGCCAACACAAAUGUUGGUCUGUGCGCAAAGAGCGAGUUUACGUAGACGAUAGACUAAGAAUUGCUCAAAUUUAAAGCUAGGUGGCAGCAGGUGAUCGUGCGCGCGGAUUGGUUCAGGAAACUCAUGCACUUCUCCGGAGACGCAUUCUUCCCUUCAGAGAGCUCACUCACCCUCAUGGAAGAAAAUGUGAACAUAGCCUUCGACCCCACCGGCAAGCCGGGGACGAUGGAGGACCCUGGGAACGACACAGGCACUUUUGGGAACUCCAGCGACCCGUUUGGCCGGAACGAGGAGGUCGCCAAGAUCGAGAUCACGGUGCUUAGCGUGACAUUCUUCGUGGCUGUGGUGGGGAACCUGAGCGUGCUGCUGGCCAUGUACAUGAGCCGACGGAAGCCCUUGCGCAUGCACCUGUUCAUGAAACACCUGAGCCUCGCGGACUUGGCUGUGGCCUUUUUCCAGGUGUUGCCGCAGCUCUGUUGGGAGGUCACCUUCCGCUUCUACGGGCCUGACCUUCUGUGUCGUAUCGUCAAGCACCUGCAGGUGCUAGGGAUGUUCGCGUCCACCUACAUGACGGUGAUGAUGACGCUGGACCGCUACAUCGCAAUCUGUCACCCGAUGCAGAACAUUCACCAGCCCACGCAGCGCGCCUAUAUGAUGAUCGGGGUCACCUGGGUGUGUAGUCUUGCCCUGAGCAUGCCCCAGUAUUUCAUCUUCUCACUGAGCGAGGUCCGCCCGGGCUCGGCCGUGUAUGACUGCUGGGGACACUUCAUCCAGCCGUGGGGUGUGCGCGCCUACAUCACCUGGAUCACCGUGGGCAUCUUCCUCGUGCCCGUGGCCGUGCUCAUGCUCUGCUACGGCUUCAUCUGCCGAUCCAUCUGGCUGAACAUAAAGUACAAGACCCAGAAGAGCACGAUUGCGAUGGCACUUGUGACCAAGAAUAGGCUGAUCGGAAAGAGUUCAGUCAGCAGCAUCACCACAAUCUCGCGCGCCAAGCUGCGAACAGUGAAGAUGACGUUCGUGAUCGUGCUGGCGUACGUGGUGUGCUGGGCUCCGUUUUUCACCGUACAGAUGUGGUCGGUGUGGGAUGAGAGCUUCUCGUGGGAUGACUCCGAGAACACCGCAGUCAUCAUCUCAGCUCUGCUGGCCAGUCUGAAUAGCUGCUGUAACCCGUGGAUCUACAUGAUCUUCAGCGGCCACCUCCUCUCUGACAUGGUCCACUGUCUGCCGUGCUGCCGGAGGCUGUUCCACAGGUUCGGCCAUCAGGACUCGAACAGCAGCAUCCGCCACACCACACUCCUGACCCGGGUACCACUCCCGGGCCCUACCCCGGCGGAGCUCAGAGAAAAGCUCUUGCAAAGAUUGCAUUCACCACUCCCACAGGAACUGUCAAUCCCGAUGGAUUCUUGACCGCGUGCUCGCACUAAACACUGUCCAUAUGGUUCAGUUUAUGUGCCACAGCGACGACGGCUGUCGUAGGUUUUAGGGGGAGGCUUAAUGGAAACAAUGUGAACAGAGUCAGUGCAUCCAUCUGUCCUGGAGAUUGUGUUUCUGCUCAGAGAGGUAUUCAACGCUCAUCAAUCCGUCAGUGGAAAUGUGGCAGGCUAUAACUAGGAUAUCCUGUCUCUUCUUGCUAAAUGUGAACUGACACAUUCAGGAAGCAUCUAAAACACUCUAAUAUGUAUGCUCUUACAGGCUCUUAUGGGCCCAGACUCAUGCAGCGAUCAGAAUCGUUGCCAUUAACCAGUCAUUCCAAAUGAACCGAGAGGUCAGGUCUGUCAGUAUGUGUUGUUCAGUAACUCAUCAUAUGCCUAAUAUAUGGUAAUUGCAAUUUUUAAAUGACAGGUUGACUGCGACUUGAUGAUUGUGUGGUUAUGUUUAGGUUUACAGUACAUUGUCCCAUUAAAAAUGUUUAUAUAUUUUUUUUUAACGGUUGAAU